AUGCACGCCGCCCUGGCGGGGCCGCUGCUCGCCGCCCUCCUCGCCACCGCCCGCGCCCGCCCGCAGCCCCCGGACGGAGGACAGUGCCGGCCGCCCGGAUCGCAGAGGGAGCUGAACUCCUUCCUGUGGACGAUCCGGCGCGACCCCCCGGCGUACCUUUUUGGCACCAUCCACGUGCCCUACACGCGCGUGUGGGACUUCAUCCCAGACAACUCCAAGGCAGCCUUUCAGGCCAGCGCUCGCGUCUACUUUGAGCUGGACCUGACCGACCCCUAUACCAUCUCGGCGCUGGCCAGCUGCCAGCUGCUCCCGCACGGCGAGAACCUGCAGGACGUGCUGCCGCGGGAGCUCUACUGGCGCCUGAAGCGCCACCUGGACUACGUGAAGCUGAUGAUGCCCUCGUGGAUGACGCCGGCGCAGCGGGGCAAGGGGCUCUAUGCCGACUACCUGUUCAACGCCAUCGCGGGCAACUGGGAGCGCAAGAGACCCGUGUGGGUGAUGCUCAUGGUCAACUCGCUGACGGAGACGGACGUGCGCUCCCGCGGCGUGCCCGUGCUGGAUCUCUACCUGGCCCAGCAGGCCGAGAGGAUGAAGAAGAGCACCGGGGCCGUGGAGCGGGUGGAGGAGCAGUGCCACCCUCUUAAUGGGCUCAACUUCUCCCAGGUGCUGUUUGCCCUGAACCAGACUCUGCUGCAGCAUGAGAGCGUGCGGGCGGGGAGCCUGCAGGCGCCCUACACCACAGAGGACCUCAUCAAACACUACAACUGUGGGGAUCUCAAUGCUGUCAUCUUCAACCACGACACAUCCCAGCUGCCCAGCUUCAUCAACACCACCCUCCCGCCACAUGAGCAGGUGACAGCCCAGGAGAUCGACAGCUACUUCCGCCACGAGCUCAUCUACAAGAGGAACGAGAGGAUGGGAAAGAGGGUCAUGGCACUUCUGCAGGAGAAUGAAGAUAAGAUCUGCUUCUUCGCCUUCGGAGCAGGUCAUUUCCUGGGAAACAACACAGUCAUCGAUGUCCUUCGGCAGGCAGGGCUGGAAGUGGAGCACACACCGGCAGGGCAGACCAUCCACAGCCCCGCUGCCCGGAGCCCUGAGCCCCCACCCGAGAGGACCUCGGCGAGUCCGGCCCCAGCCACCCCUGCCGCCGCUGUCCCUGCAGCCCCCUCCGCAACCCCCACCGUCCCGCCUGAGGAGGAGGACCCGGCCCUGUCCCCACACCUCCUGCUCCCCGACAGCCUCAGCCAGCUGGAGGAGUUUGGGCGGCAGAAGAAGUGGCACAAGAGGCAGAACAAGCAGCAGAGGCCACGGCAGUUCAAUGACCUGUGGGUUCGCCUUGAGGACAGCACUGCCGCCUCACCGCCCCCGCCACCCCUGCAGCCCACACACAGCCCUGGGACCGUGGGGCCAGCCUUGCAGCUCUCAGAGCGGCUUCAGCAGCGGGAAGAGCCGGGCCCCACCAGCAGCUCAGCGCCCUGCCGCCCCCAGCCCACCCUGGGCCUCCUCCCCGCCAUUGUGGCCGGCAUUGCAGCCCCCCUCCUGCGGCACCGCCUUGGGCCCUCCUGACCUUGGCCACCAGUGCAGAGAAGCCAGAGAAACCACAGGAGGGUGUGUGGCCACCACCCCCCCACUGCCCCUGCCACCACCUCGGGGGUGCCUGACACCUCACGGGCAGUCCAGACGGGAUCCGUUAGAACACUAGAGCUUUAUUGUACCCGAGUUACAUCUUCUUUUUUGUAGAAGGAUCUUAAUUUCCCAUAGUGCUAUGGGGCUCUUUUGUAAAAUAUGUGUCCAUAUUAAAAAAGAAAAAUGUAUUUAUUCUUACCGAUAAAACUAUUUUUAUGUGGCCUAUGUUAACCCUUUAAGUAGCCCCAGCACCAACCCAGGAGGUGAACCCAGGCUGCCAAAAGUUCUGCAACCUCAGGCAGACCAUGGCCUUGAACUGGCUUGCUCCUAGGCCCGCAGAAGCCUCCGCGGUCUGGGUUUGGCUUCUCCCACCAUGGGGACCUCAGAGAGAGGGGCAGGCAGACAGGCUUAUUAGCUUUUGAAGCUGGAUCUGGGAGCCAGAGAUGUGAACGCUGACGACUUCCCUUCCAUGGCUGCGUGCUAGGGUGGGAAGGUACUUUAGGAAAGAAUGCUGCUAUUUUGAAAACCCUGAGUGUCUGUGAACUGGCCUUCCAGAGCUCUCGGUAAGUGUUUGGACCAAAGCAUGGGGGUGAGGGAGGGAUGGUGGUGCCGAGGGGGGGCCAUCCCCCAGCCCUCUGUGACUAAUGGUUAAGUUGAGAUCCAAAGAGAGGAAGGUGGUUGCCCAAGGUCAUGCAGAAGUGGGAGAGCCCGGGUGUGAGUCCAGACUCCUCUGUUCUGGUUUCAUUAGUCUUCUUUGAGCCUGGCUUGUAGAAGAGCCUGUUGAAGUCACAGCCAAACUGAGUGAGCUGGGUCCAAGGCAGGUGUGGGCACGAAGGGCCAUUUUAGGGACAGAGGCUCUAGGAGUCGCACAGUAAUAAUAAUCCUAAUGAAAGCCACCCUUUGUCCCGAGCCUGCAGCACAGCAGGCAUUUUGCACACUCACUUUGUCACUGAUUCUCAUGCCAGUUCUAUGAGAUGUGAUUGUCCCCAUUUCACAGAUGAGGAAACUGAGCCCCCCCCCAAAUGGAUAAACUGACUUGCCCAAGGUCACCUGGCUGGGACAUGACCCCAGAUCAGUAUGAUUCCGAAGCAAUGCUCGUCCCCUGGACCGUAUUUUGCCAUGUUCUUUCUGCACAGGGAAGCUCCAAGGAAAGGAGAUCGUCCCCAGAUGGGCCAGCACAAGCCCCUUGUCCCAGCCCAAGAGACCCCUUGGCCACAGUCACUCAUGUUAGCCCCUCUAAAUGAGGGGCUCUGGCAACAGCUUGUGCACAAGCUUGUGUCCCAUGCCCCAACUCGUCUUAUUUUGGAGCUAGUGAGAGGCUUUCCUACCAAAUCAGAGGCUGGCAGGUGGGAGAAUCUGGGCGGGCAGGCAGGCAAUUGAGACUUAGGGAGACUGACCUCAUUCCUCUGCCUCCAGUGUGGUAGCUGAGAAAGCAAAGGACCCAGGUUGCAUUCCUCCUUGCCCUAAAUCCUCAUUGGACUGGAGGCUCACCAGUUACAGAGGUCUGGAACCCAAGAGCAGAAAGGGCCCCUCGUUUGGCAGAUAAGAACAUUAAAAGUAAUCAUGAGGCCCAGAGAAGGGAGACACUUCCCCAAGACUGCACAGCUGGGUGGGUCUGCUGACUCCCAGCCCAGUGCUCCACAGCAUCACCACAUCAUGGACUUCCCUGGAAGACCUGGCAUUGGCUGAUUAGACCCAGUGUCGUUGUUUCCCUCCCGGCAGCUGUCUUCCUUUUGAGACAGAAUUCGGGGCAGCUCUGGAUGGCUAGAGGUCCCAUGAGCAUCUUGGCCAGCAGUGAGCUUCUUUUCAUCUUGGCCCCGGAUGGGCAUGUUUGAGCUUGAGACCUGGCAGGAGCCCUGAGAUCUGCUCAGAGGGUCCAGCCAGCCCCAUGGGCAUCACGUUGUAAACUGAACUUGACCCCAUGCCCUCAACUGGCUGGAGUCCAUUUAUCUUUGGCCUCGAACUGGCUGGAGUCCAUUUAUCUUUGGCAGAGCUGUGAUUUCCUAUUUCUGAGCGGGAAGGGGCUUCACUGACUUCCAGUGCAGGCUCAGAAGGCCUGUCAGACAUCAAACAGACGGUGCGGAGCACUUGGCCGAUGAAAUAAGUGUCAAGGAAUUGGAAGCACGCAGGCCAGAUCUCCCUCAGUUCAGGGCAGAGUGUGGCAUGAGAUGCACUCAGACGAAGCUUGAGGUGAAUUAAAGAGGAAGGCUUUGGGUGAACAGUCCACGUUCCCGACUGCGUGCCCAGAUCUGUGCCGGGCACGAGGCCAAAGAGGUAAACCAAUGAGCCAUGGGACUGCCGAGCCUGUGCGUUGCCAGGCCUCAUCUGUGCACCUUUCCUGGCCCGGAGGAACCCCUUGUCAUCGACAUGAAAUAAGCAACCCAGUCGUAGGUUCCUAGAAGGAACUUUAGAGGUUGUCCUACCCAGGCCCCUGACCACAGACAGAUUCAGCCCUCGUCUUCCCCAGAUCUGUCCUCUGGGGAGCUUGGGAAAUUCCAGACGUUCCCUCCAGCAAGCGCUGUUUAAAGAAAGUGUUUAAAGAAAGAUGGAUGGCGGCAGAUGGGUGGGCUGGCUGGUUAGGUAGGCCUGCGCCGGCGGGACAGCCAGAGCCAAUGUUGAUCAGACGUCUGCAGCCUGAGCUUAUGGGUCCCAGCGGCCCACCCACUGGCCAGGCUGGGAAACGAACCGAGCUUACGUCCCAGAAGACCUGAGGCACGUCCGGGGAAAUCUCUGCGGCUGGGUCACUGAAUUCUCUCAUCCCAAGCCAGGGAACCACCAUACCGUCCGUAGCUACUUAAACAUUUUGGAUGAUCUAUCCACCACUGCUGACAUUUUUCCCAGCAUAUUCUAUGUGCCUGACCUCAUAAAAAGUCCCUGUUGCUCCGAGAGCCCCAUGUCCUUUUCUUACGGCUUUCAUGGUUGACCUUCAUGUGGUGGAGAAGAUGGAAGGACUAAGAGCCAGCAGGCUAAGUGACAUUCCCGAGGUCAGAGGUGGCCCUUGGUCCCCCCUCUCAGGAAAACUGACCGAAUGCCCCAGGGGCAUUCUGGAAGCUGCCAGCAUGACCACAUCUUCCUAGUCUGUUCCGACACACCAGUAGCAGAGUGAAGGCAGGGAGAAUGGAGAUGUUAGGUUGCAGGGAGCUGCAAAGGGCCACCACGGGCCCCUCCAGCUGAGAUGCAAAGACCCAGAGUGGAUGAAGCACGGGAACUUGCACCAGCUGGCGAGCUGAUUUUUCUCAUACGAAAUACUCCGCCAUCUAUUGCCAUGCCCUAGCUAUGUCGGGGCAAGCCUUGGGGCUCGGGACCCCUAGUUCCACCUUCCCAGUCUCCAGCCUGGUGCCCUCGUCACAAUGGAUCCCAAAGAACGGUCCUCCACCAAAAGGAGCAUUUAUGAAAACCACAUGAAGGACACGGAAGGCUCCGCUGGGAACUGCAGCUCUGAUCGUGUCCCGUGCGGCAAGAACGAACCAGGGCUGGGGAUGUUCCAGUGACUGUGGAGUAAGAGCAGGAGUCCUCGGCCUGGCCUUCCCCACCCUCCAUGAUCAGGCCCUGCUGACUUUGCCAGCCACAUCACCCAGCUCUCCUACUCUGUGCCCAGCCAGACUAAAUCCUAUUUGUCUUUUCUCAAAUAGAUGGCAUGUGUCACACGUGCCACUCCCUGGGCCUGGAAACUCCCUUCUCUUUCCACAAGUCCUCAUUUUUGAGGACUGACUCAGAUAGCACUUCCUCCAGGAAGCCCCUGUGAUUCUUUUUUGCUUUUUUAGCAUCUAUCCCAACACCCACUGAUAAGUGUGGAGACUGUAAUUGCGUAUCUGCUCUCCUAAGGGAUCACGACCUCCUUAAUGGCAGGGGUCACAUAAAUUCAUCUUUGGAUCCUCAUCUGACACAAAGAUGGCCCUCACAGAUGUGUAGGGAGGGAAGGAGGAAGGAAGGAAUGUAGAGAGGAAAGGAGAGACAAAGACCUCAGCUCUGGCAAUGGAAUUAUGUCUACAUAGCCAAAGCUGUCCCCUGCAGGUGGUGAGUUUGCUGUCAGCAGAGGUGUGAGCAGAGCAGUAGGCCCACCGGCUGAAGAUGUGGUGUGAGAGCUAAAGUCUUGGCAAGGGACAGGUGUGGAUGACAUCGAGGGUCCCUUUUGGCUCUGUAAUACUCAGGUUUUUUGAAGAUUGUUAUUUUUCCAAAAAUUCAUCUAAGCAGCCAAAAACAUCACCCGGGCCGGCCAUCUAAACCAGUAGGGUUCAGGAAUCCAUCCAGCCUCACACCCCCGUUCUUCAAGAGCCCAGCCAGGCCUGAUGUAAAUUGGCAGGUUUGCCUACUACCCUGAGGCAGGGGGCUUCUAGGUGGUGGGUGGAGGGCUGGACUGGAACCCAAGGCCCCUGACCCCCAGCCUGGAGCUCCUUCCCUCCCUGCCCCCGCCUAUGGGGUACCGAAGAGAGGGGUCAUGAGGACUGAUCAACCCCCUACCUGGUCCUUUCCUGGGAGUAUGGGUACAGCCUCAGAUCUCCCCAUCCUUUCUCCAAAUAUUGGCUCUUCCUCUCCAGAGGUACUCUGGACACUCUUUCACCUUGCUGGGUGACCUUGGGCAAGCCCCUGCUCUGUUCUGAGCCUCCAUUUCCUCAUCUGUUAAAUGGAGACCUUGUUUCCCACCCAGGCCAUUCUGGGGGCUGGAGGAAUGCUGUGUGCCAUCUCAGGGCUCCAUGACGGUGAGGCAGCACCCCUCCUUGGACUCCGUGCUCGGCUUUCCUCCCUGGCCCUGCAGACUGCCCUGGGGUCAGGAGCACGUGGCAGGCAGGGCACCGUGAUGGAGUGGCAUGCCUUCAGGUUUGCUCCCUCCCAGACCUGCUGCAGGGAAAGUGGGCUUUGCACAGGACUUGAGUCUAAGACAGUUCCAGGGAGGCUCUGAGACAUCUUGGGCCCCAUGGGCUGGGGCAGCAGAGGCAGCUGGAGCUCCUGCCCCAUUUCUGGGCUUCAGAGAGAUUCCAGAGUGUCCCCCAGCUGACUCUCAUUAUGUGACACAGCUUCAGAUCAUAAUGUAUUUGAAAGAUAUUGGUGAUAUUGUCCUUCUAACCACCUCUUCCCUUCACCUCUGUGAAUUAUCAUGAAGAGUCCUUUAAGAAUAUAGAAGACAAAGAAAGAUGCUAUUAAUGUUAUUUUGCCAAAAAUAUUUUUGUAGCAUAAUAUAUUAAUAAAAGACAUUAUGAAUUCA